ACUCACACCAAUACUAAGAGCCGGCAAGUUUGCACCGUGCCACCACUUGCUCCUGAGUGUGCUGCAGCCCGUGUACCCUGUCAGUGAUUCAUCUGCUUUCCUGCUCUCAUCCCCGCCCCCUAGAUAUGUGAGCCUGUGUGCUGGGAGGGUGGGAGAGAUCAGGCUGCAGGACCGGACCCUGGAUGUGUCAGCCUCUGAUUUCUGGAGGAGGAGGAAAGAGAUCAAAGUGCACGGGCCAGGGAUUCAUCGGGAACAUGGAGUGGCUGCAGCAGAACCGCACUUCCUAUGGCUUCUAGAUCCCUACUGGUGUGAGAGAGCGGAAGAGAUUCCCUACUCCUUAUCAUCUGGAUCUUCUUUCUCAGGGACAAGUAACUUAUGUGACGGGUCUGGGGGCACACAGGUAUCAUGGGCUGUAUCAAAAGCAAGGAGGACAAAGGACCAUCUAUAAAAUACAGGUCUGAAGCCAAACCGGACCCUAUCAGCCAAUAUGGUGGAGAACCCACACAAACUACCCCUUCAACUGCUGUUAAAGGACCACCAACUAAUUUCAACAGUCAUUCCAUGACGCCAUUUGGAGGCUCAUCUGGGAUAACUCCUUUUGGGGGAGCUUCAUCUCUGUUUUCUCCUGUGCCAGCUACUUAUCCAGGAGGUAUAAUAGGUGGUGUUACUGUUUUUGUGGCCUUAUACGAUUAUGAAGCUAGAACAUCAGAAGAUCUUUCAUUUAGAAAGGGAGAAAGGUUCCAAAUUAUAAACAACACGGAAGGAGACUGGUGGGAAGCAAGAUCCAUUGCCACUGGGAAAACUGGCUAUAUACCUAGUAAUUAUGUUGCUCCAGCAGACUCCAUACAGGCUGAAGAGUGGUAUUUUGGAAAAAUGGGAAGGAAGGAUGCAGAGAGAUUACUUCUAAACCCUGGGAACCAGAGAGGAACGUUUUUAGUACGUGAAAGCGAAACCACUAAAGGUGCCUACUCCCUUUCUAUUCGUGAUUGGGAUGAGGUGAGAGGCGAUAAUGUGAAACACUACAAAAUCAGAAAGCUUGACAAUGGGGGAUACUAUAUCACUACUAGAGCACAGUUUGAAUCACUACAGAAACUGGUUAAACACUACUCUGAGCAUGCAGAUGGCCUGUGUUAUAGAUUGACAACAGUCUGUCCCACUGUAAAACCACAAACUCAAGGACUAGCAAAGGAUGCUUGGGAGAUUCCUCGAGAAUCAUUGCGACUUGAAGUUAAACUGGGGCAAGGAUGUUUUGGUGAAGUAUGGAUGGGAACGUGGAAUGGAACAACAAAGGUAGCCAUUAAGACACUAAAGCCUGGGACGAUGAUGCCUGAAGCUUUCUUACAAGAGGCACAAAUUAUGAAGAAACUUAGACAUGACAAACUGGUUCCUCUUUAUGCAGUUGUUUCUGAAGAACCAAUUUAUAUUGUUACUGAAUUCAUGAGCAAAGGUAGUUUACUGGACUUCUUAAAAGAAGGAGACGGAAAGUAUUUAAAACUUCCACAGCUUGUUGACAUGGCCGCACAGAUUGCUGAUGGCAUGGCCUACAUUGAAAGAAUGAAUUACAUCCACAGGGACCUCAGAGCUGCAAACAUUCUUGUAGGGGAUAACCUUGUGUGCAAAAUUGCUGACUUUGGUUUGGCAAGAUUGAUAGAAGACAAUGAAUAUACAGCAAGACAAGGAGCUAAAUUUCCAAUCAAAUGGACAGCCCCAGAGGCUGCCUUAUAUGGAAGGUUUACAAUCAAAUCGGACGUGUGGUCAUUUGGAAUUCUCCUUACAGAGCUGGUCACUAAAGGAAGAGUACCUUAUCCAGGGAUGGUAAAUCGUGAAGUUCUGGAGCAGGUAGAGCGUGGGUACAGAAUGUCGUGUCCUCAAGGAUGCCCAGAAUCUCUGCACGAAUUAAUGAAACUGUGUUGGAAGAAAGACCCUGACGAAAGGCCAACCUUUGAAUAUAUUCAGUCAUUUUUAGAAGACUACUUUACUGCAACAGAGCCACAAUAUCAGCCUGGAGACAAUUUAUAAAAAAAACUAAAUCAAAUGCACAAAUCUGCCAAAAGUGAAAGAGACUCAAAAGUUCUGACUAUUUCUAAUGGGAAACGCAAAGAAAGUUGCGAUCACUCUGCAUGCUUACAGCAAACUGGAAAACCAGAGUACGGUUGCACAAAACCACUUUUAAAGUAUUGUUAUCUAACGGACAAAUUAAUGUGACUCUGUAUAGGUCCCACAGACCGGUUUAAUGGAAAGGAAUUUCAAGGCUAGAAAACAAAACAAAACAUGAUAAAGCAAGAGUAUGGUUAUCCGUGUUUUAAUACUGAUCGUAAACACUUCAGGAUGACACAACGUAGUCUAACAGUGUGGACCAAACAUUUCACCUCUGUUCCCCAAAAUUCUCCCAUGUCAAAUUUAGUAGUACAGGACGCAACAUCUUUUUGUUACCAAAUCCGCAAAAAACCCUUGUUCUGUGUGCUCCAAGUCAUUUUCAGGUAAAACAUGAACCUCAAAAUAUAGAGCUCAGUACUGAAAAAAUAAAUACUGAACUAGCCAUCAUCAACUAAUGUAGUUGGGAACAACUUCUUAUAUUGGUAUGGACAGUUCAGUCUGGAGGGUAUUACUUAACAAGUGGUUACUUUUUAUAUAAAUAGAUGACAGUGUGUCACUGUUAGAAAAUAAAAAAGAAAAACUCAACACGCAAUGAAAGGCUAACUUUUUUUUUAUAAUUCUUUUGGUGACCUGCAUUAUAAUGCGAAGGAUGAAGUCUGCAGUUAUUCUUUUAGCAACAGAUGUGUACAAUCAUGGUGUUAAGACACAUGAUGUUGGUUGCCGUUAGUUCAGGGAUUUCAAUGAUAGCACUUUGCUUUUUUUUGAUCGAUUAAUUAGAAAGUAUCUUGCAGUGUGGAGUGAUUGGAAAUAAAAUGUGAAUGCUUUAACAGGCUGUAUGCAGGCAUAUUAUUAUUAUUUUCUUUUUGUUUGUUUUUUUUGUUUUUUAUAUAUUAUUAUUAUUAUUAUAGUAUAGAAUCAUCGGCAAUGCUGACUGGCCUACUUGCUUAUGAAAGAGUUUAUGAUUUCAGCUGAAACAUAUCUGGCAAUAAAUUACCUUUAAUUUUUUUUUCUCUUUAAAAAUAAAAUCAGAAAUUCUCAUCUUUAUAUCACAAGUCUUUAAAUUUUGUGAUUUGUGUUUUUUUUUUUGUUUGUUUUAUAAAUCUUUUGAACAUUUUGUCCUGUUCAAUCCGAGCUUAUUAGUUGGGGGGAACAGAAAAAUGAAUUCUGUUUACAAUACGUGUUUAAUCCAUUUCACCAAUAUGGUUUCAUUUUAAAGGCUGUGCCAUCAUUUUCCAUUCUUACUAUCAAGCAGUUUUUUUUAAAAAGGGCUUUAUAUGAACACUAUGGAAUUGUAUCUUUUUAUAAAUCUUUUCAAGCCAAUAUAAAUUUAACUCUGUAAGUUGUAUGUACUAAAUCAGUAAAGGCAAAGCACUGUGUAUGGUAGUGUUGCUGCCCAUCAUUGUGUUUUCUUUACGAAAGAGUUCUGUAAUAACGUUUGUAUAGUAAAAAAAACAGAAAAUUAAAGAAAAAGAAAACAA